AUGGAGCUGGGGGAAGGACACGGGGACAGAAAUGGAGCUGGGGGAAGGACACGGGGACAGAAAUGGAGCUGGGGGAAGGACACGGGGACAGAAAUGGAGCUGGGGGAAGGACACGGGGACGGAAAUGGAGCUGGGGGAAGGACACGGGGACAGAAAUGGAGCUGGGGGAAGGACACGGGGACAGAAAUGGAGCUGGGGGAAGAACACGGGGACGGAAAUGGAGCUGGGGGAAGAACACGGGGACGGAAAUGGAGCUGGGGGAAGUACACGGGGACGGAAAUGGAGCUGGGGGAAGUACACGGGGACAGAAAUGGAGCUGGGGGAAGGACACGGGGACAGAAAUGGAGCUGGGGGAAGGACACGGGGACAGAAAUGGAGCUGGGGGAAGGACACGGGGACAGAAAUGGAGCUGGGGGAAGGAUACGGGGACAGAAAUGGAGCUGGGGGAAGAACACGGGGACGGAAAUGGAGCUGGGGGAAGAACACGGGGACGGAAAUGGAGCUGGGGGAAGUACACGGGGACGGAAAUGGAGCUGGGGGAAGUACACGGGGACAGAAAUGGAGCUGGGGGAAGGACACGGGGACAGAAAUGGAGCUGGGGGAAGGACACGGGGACAGAAAUGGAGCUGGGGGAAGGACACGGGGAUGGAAAUGGAGCAGUAUAAUACCGCCCAAGGUUGGCAUGAUGCAGUAUAA